AUGUACGGCAGAAGGACGAUCCAUAUCAUCGGCACAUCGAUAGGACUGCUGGCGACGAUUGCCGUCGCUAUAUCCGCAGAUUUAUUGGGAUAUCUCACAGCACGAUUCUUUGAAGGAUUCGGGGUUAGCCCAGUCUUGACUGUUGCAAUUGGUACAGUGGGCGAUAUGUUCUUUGACUAUGAAAAGGGGCAUAAGUUUGGGCUCUGGAUGAUGGCUAGAAACGGAGGUUUCCUCGUCACAUCGUUGUGUGGUAGCAUUCUUGUUGACCUUGUUGGGCCCAAUUGGGACAGCUGGGUGUCAACCAUUGCUGCUGAAUCUCCCUUUAAUUGUUCCUUAUGGCGGGAACGGAAAAUCGGGGAGAAGCAUGAGCUGCGCAGACGAGAUCAACUUGAAGAGAAGCAAGAACUUCUCGUUUCUCAACCUUCGUCCUAUCCUCGCCUUGAAACACCCAAAAACGCUGGGUCACAUCGUCCGCUUUAUACCCAUGUUCAGGUUGCGAUUGGUGUGGUCAUUUGCUUUCCGCUUGCGUACAAGAGCGACUCCGCAGUCUCGCAAAGUCUGCUUUCUCUUGAUCUGCUAGUCGAAACUGUGGUUUCGAAUCUUCUUUGGUCAGGGAGGCUGAGCGGUUGCCUUGGUCGUGAGGUUGGCGAAGAAGAACAAGAAUGCUCGAGUGGCGGAGAUGAGGACCUGGAUGAUGUAUCCAGCUCUACUCGUGGCCGCUGUCGGGCUAUCGCUUUGGGGUGUCAGAAUUGA